GCGGACACCUCGGCAGCCACGGUGGCGGGGCCGUGGCGGGCGCCGACUCGGCCCGGCCCCCUUUCCCCCGCCCCGCCCCGCGCCGCCGCCGGCCGGGCUGCUGUCAGCUCUCUCCUUAGCGUCGGGCGGAGACGCUGUGUAUGCUGAACAGCUGCGGCCGGAGGCUGCUGCACGUCCUGGGCCUUAGCUUCCCGCUGCUGACCCGCCGGCCGCUUUUCCUCUGCCCUCACCGCCUCAUGAAACCGGUGGUCGUGUUCGUCCUCGGCGGUCCCGGCGCCGGCAAGGGGACCCAGUGCGCCCGCAUCGUCGAGAAAUAUGGUUACACCCACCUUUCUGCAGGAGAACUUCUUCGUGAUGAAAGGAAGAACCCAGAUUCACAGUAUGGUGAACUCAUUGAAAAGUACAUUAAAGAUGGAAAGAUUGUGCCAGUUGAGAUAACCAUCAGUUUGUUAAAGAGGGAAAUGGAUCAGACAAUGGCUGCCAAUGCUCAGAAGAAUAAAUUCUUGAUUGAUGGGUUUCCAAGAAAUCAAGACAACCUUCAAGGAUGGAACAAGACCAUGGAUGGGAAGGCAGAUGUGUCUUUCGUUCUGUUUUUUGAUUGUAAUAAUGAGAUCUGUAUCGAACGAUGCCUUGAGAGGGGAAAGAGUAGUGGUAGAAGUGAUGACAACAGAGAGAGCUUGGAGAAGAGAAUUCAGACCUAUCUUCAGUCAACAAAGCCAAUUAUUGACUUAUAUGAAGAAAUGGGGAAAGUCAAGAAAAUAGAUGCCUCUAAGUCUGUUGACGAAGUUUUAUGAAGUUGUGAAGAUUUUUGACAAAGAAGGCUAACUAAACCUGAAAGCAUCUUCGAAAUCAUGCUUGAAUAUUGCUUUGAUAGCUGCUAUUACAACCCCUUUUUAAGGCAAUUUUAAUCUUUCAUAAUUACAUCUCAAUUAAUGGCUGGAAAGUAUGUAGUAAGACAAAUUUUUUAUCUUAGAUUUUUUUGGUUGUAGGAGUAGACAGUGAAUUCGGGUCUAACUUCAUCUUAGCUAUGGUGCUCACAAAACAAAGAAGGAUAUCAGCUUAGUUCUUUGUUUUUAUUCAAAAAGCAUAUCCCUUUUAUAGUUUGUGCCUUCUGUGAGCAAAACUUUUUAGUAUGUCUGUAUAUCCCUGUAAUAAUUACAACAUGUUAGGAUUAGGGAUUCCCCACUUCCUUGUUUUCUUGCAGGUUUUAAAUUUCCAACCUGUUAAGUGAAGUUGUGGACCAAAUUCCAAAGGAACUUAUUGUGUAGUCGGUUCUUGCAAAAUGUGUUUGGUAAACAAUCUUAUAAAUGAAUUCCUAGAUGUGUUUUAGUAUUUAUCAAAUAACUGACCAUUUCCUAUAGAAAGGUAAAAAACCUUAGGCUUUGUUUUAUUACAACUUAUACAGAGUUGUGUGACAGGGCAUCUUCUUUGCUUCCAGGGAUUGGGAUGGGGUCACUGGGGGUUCAGAGCCUGGCAGAAUUGUCAGCUUUAUUCUGACAUUAAUCUGAGGGUAAGGGGCAAGGAUCACAUCUAAUGACCUGUGUUCCUGUGCUCUAUUAUAUAGUGUUAUUAAUGAUUAAAUUGUUCUUAACAAAAUUCCUAGCAGUGGAACCUUGAAAUGCAUGUACGAGGUUUAUGGUAAAUGAUUUGGUUAGCGUUUUAGUAACACUUGAUUCAAAGUGUUUUUGUUUGUUUUCUAGACUAAAUGUAGGGUUGGUACGAAGUAAAAACAUCUGGUUAAUUUUCCAUUUGUGUUUUAUUUUCUUGAAUACUUUUUUUCAAUUAUUUGUUUAAGGAGAUUUAAAAAUCAUUGCACUUUGGUCAGAAAAAUAAUAAAUAUAUCUUAUAAAUGUU